AUGAAAAAGAAGGUGAUAGCAGUGGCACUAAUGACGUCAGCAGUGAUCAAUAUAGGUUUCAUCCUUGUAUACCUGGACGUGUCAUCGUAUGUUGCCAAUUACAAUACUAUACAACCAGUGCGCAAUCUUUACCAACAUAUCUCUGAAGAUGAAAUUAUAGAUGACGUCAUACAAUAUGGCAACAAUAUCUGGAAUAUAUCCGCAGCUUUUAAAGGCUCGAAACACAGGACCAAUGCCCAAACUACUGUUGUGACGCUCUCAAACGAUGCUGAGUUUAUUUAUAGAGGUGACGUUAUUGUAAUUAAACUCCACGCACGUGACGAUAAUGGACGAGAUCGUAAUGUAGGAGGUGAUAUAUGGCGUGUAGCAAUAAACAACAUGGACAAGAAGUUUUCCUCUAUGGGGAAGAUUACCGACCAUAAUAAUGGAACAUACACUGUACAUGUAUACGCUGGUUUAUCUGGGCAAGUGCAAGUUCAAGUGACGUUAGUCUUGCAGAGAGAAGCAGUUUUAUACCAAAGAGACGUGCUCAGACCAACCGAACUUCGGAGCACCUGGCGCGGAAUAUUCAAACGACGCAAAAAAACCGAACAUACAUAUUGCGUGUUAAUGAGAGAGGGAGUUUGGGACAAUAAAUGCGAAUUUCCGCAUCCAAAAGCAUUAGGAAUGACGACAUUUGUAUGUGAUCCACCAAAGACUCUGCACUGCAAUACUCUCACUGAAAUACAAAAUGUGGCAAACAUUCCAAACUCUUUGAAUAGAACCAUGGCUGAAAAUAAUUAUUUCUUUCAAAGUCCCAAUGCAGAUCAAGUUAUCACAAACAGUAGCUUGAAGGAAAUAACCAUAAAAGAUCGUAGAGAACCAGACAAUCUCCUGUAUUCCAUACCUCACUGUAAAGCUGAGUUACCAGAUACCCUGAGUGAUGGUUAUUGGUUGGGGUCACGAUGGCACUCACUGGUUUGUCAAAGUAAGCAGUGGACGAAUGUGACCGAGGUACAAGAAUGCUUGAAGGACAAGGACGUGUACUUUCUAGGCGACUCAACCACCCAUCAAUGGUAUAAAAUUAUGAUAAAUAUUGUUGGAUACCCGGUCAAUAUGACCGAUAGCAACUGGCGUCGGAAAGUGUCCAGCAUUCCCGGGUUGUUCAAUGCAUCUGGAACGGAUGCAUAUUCGAUUCAAGUCACCGAUUUGAAAAACAAUAUCAACUUUACAUUCCGUCAUCAUGCCAUCUCACGUCAUACACGUUAUCCAAUUCCCAUUCAACGUUUUCCAUUCUUUGUUGAUCUUAUUGAUGGUUUGACAGCCCCGAAAUGCAACUAUGUCAUUGUGCUCAGUUUCUGGGCUCACUUUGAAGCAUGGACUCAAACCAGCUUCUCGGAAAGAGUUGCAAAUCUUGAGAAGGGUGUAAAACGUCUCAAAAAACGUUGUCCCAAUUCUAUUAUUGGCAUAAAAGGGUCCCAUGCAAAACAUGAUGUACAAAGUUACUGGAUCGUUUAUGACAUGAUCCGAAUUAUGAAAGAAACUUUCAGCGGCGAUGGAGUGUUUUUCAUUGACAUAUGGGAUAUGAACUUUGCAUAUGCCAUAGCAAACAAGAAAGACAUGGAGACACAUAUGCCCUUGGCGCUAAUAAGGGAAGAGGUACGUCCGUCACGGUUUGUGAAUUUAAUGGGCAGCAUGAAAAAGAAGGUGAUAGCAGUGGCACUAAUGACGUCAGCAGUGAUCAAUAUAAGUUUCAUCCUUGUACACCUGGACGUGUCAUCGUAUGUUGUCAAUUACAGUACUAUACAACCAGUGCGUAAUCUUUAUCAACAUAUCUCUGGAGAUGAAAUUAUAGAUGACGUCAUACAAUAUGACAACACUAUCUGGAAGAUAUCCGCAGCUUUUAAAGGCUCGAAACACAGGACCAAUGCCCAAACUACUGUUGUGACGCUCUCAAACGAUGCUGAGUCUGUUUAUAAAGGUGACGUCAUUGUAAUCAAACUCCAAGCACGUGACGAUAAUGGACGAGAUCGUAAUGUAGGGGGUGAUAUAUGGCGUGUAGCGAUAUACAGCUCCGAUGAGAGGUUUGCCUCUAUGGGGAAGAUUACCGACCAUAAUAAUGGAACAUACACUGUACAUGUUUACGCUGGUUUAUCUGGGCAAAUGAAAGUUCAAGUGACGUUAGUCUUGCAGAGAGAAGCAGUUUUAUACCAAAGAGACGUGCUCAGACCAACCGAACUUCGGAGCACCUGGCGCGGAAUAUUCAAACGACGCAAAAAAACCGAACAUACAUAUUGCGUGUUAAUGAGAGAGGGAGUUUGGGACAAUAAAUGCGAAUUUCCGCAUCCAAAAGCAUUAGGAAUGACGACAUUUGUAUGUGAUCCACCAAAGACUCUGCACUGCAAUACUCUCAUAGGAAUACAAAAUGUGGCAAACAUUCCAAACUCUUUGAAUAGAACCAUGGCUGAAAAUAGUCAUUUCUUUCAAAGUCCUAACGCAGAUCAAGUUAUCACAAACAGUAGUUUGAAGGAAAUGACCAUACAAAAUCGUAGAGAACCAGACAAUCUCCUGUAUUCCAUACCUCACUGUAAAGCUGAGUUACCAGAUACUCUGAGUGAUGGUUAUUGGUUGGGGUCACGAUGGCACUCACUGGUUUGUCAAAGUAAGCAGUGGACGAAUGUGACCGAGGUACAAGAAUGCUUGAAGGGCAAGGACGUGUACUUUCUAGGAGACUCAACCACCCAUCAGUGGUAUAAAAUUAUGAUAAAUACUGUUGGAUACCCCGUCCAUAUUAACGAUAACAACUGGCGUCGGAAAGUGUCCAGCAUUCCCGGGUUGUUUAAUGCAUCUGGAACGGAUGCAUAUUCGGUUAAAGUCACCGAUUUGAAAAACAAUAUCAACUUUACAUUCCGUCAUCAUGCCAUCUCACGUCAUACACGUCAUCCAAUUCCCAUUCAACGUUUUCCAUUCUUUGUUGAUCUUAUUGAUGGUUUGACAGCCCCGAAAUGCAACUAUGUCAUUGUGCUCAGUUUCUGGGCUCACUUUGAGGCAUGGACUCAAACUAGCUUCUCAGAAAGAAUUGCAAAUCUUGAGAAGGGUGUAAAACGUCUCAAAAAACGUUGUCCCAAUUCUAUUAUUGGCAUAAAAGGGUCCCAUGCAAAACAUGAUGUACAGAGUUACUGGAUCGUUUAUGACAUGAUCCGCAUUAUGAAAGAAACCUUCAGCGGCGAUGGAGUGUUUUUCAUUGACAUAUGGGAUAUGAACUUUGCAUAUGCCAUAGCAAACAAGAAAAACAUGGAGACACAUAUGCCCUUGGCGCUAAUACGGGAAGAGGUGUAUUUAUUCCUGUCAUAUGUCUGUCCAUGA